AUAUCUAAUGUUGUUUCACUUUCGAUCUUUCACACUUUCCCAUUUCAGUUAUUAGGCUUGGAAAAUUUUUCAUCGACGGAAUUCUUUCUCCACUAUAAUCAAACUCACAUGCAAAGCUAUUUGAAUCUUUACAAAGCUGAUAAAGACGCAGAGAAUUUGUCAAACAACAAUGUUUUAUUGCAAGUUGCUGUCGGGACAUUAAUUUAUAUUGUGAUUUACUUAAUACAACGCAUUUUAAACUUUUUAAUCUACGAAAGAUUCAUCGAUAAUUGUAUUCAACAAUUUAUUGACGUCUCAUCAAUAGCAAAUAUUUCAGUUUUAAUUUUAAUCGACUCUUAUGGUUAUUAUAUUCAUGGACGAUCAGGUUUUUGAAGCAUGUUUCUUCUUUGAUUUGACAGUUCAUGGGAGAAGUGACAUCGACUCGUUCAGCAUAACUUUACAACUGAAACGGGAAGAACAAAACUUAUGUGGUCAACGUGGUUUGUUGCCUGGCAGUGAUCAUCAAACUUACACAAUCAUUGCACCUAAAAAUCUUCGUUUAUUCUAUGAGAAACUGAUAAGUCCAUUAAACGCCACUGACAUCAUGACACAACAACACGACACGAAUCAAUUCAAUCAGAAUUUUGAUAAAAUGAUUUUCACAUAUCACAAUAUUAAUCGUUUCUUCGCUGCAUUUAUAGAUCAUGGCUUGAAGGAUGUCGAUUAUAUUGUAAAGGAAAAGAAUUUAUUUGAAAAGAUUUUCAAUUGUGAGCUGUAUUCAAACAUCAAUGAUUCCAAAGGUGUUUUCUACUUCGACAAUGGACAUUCUUUUGAUAAAGUUUUAUUUUAUGGAAAUGAGACUACGAUUUUUAGCUUUGAGCUUUUCUUAUUUGCUUUUUUGGUGUUUGUGAGUGGAAAUUAUUUAUUUUCUAUUCUUUCGAUUGGAGUUAUAACAAAAAAAAGUUUUGAAUUUUCAUCUUCUCUUACAGCUCAUGAGUUUGAUCAUUCAUCACGUGACUAA